CGAAACUACAACUCCCGACACGCCACAAAACCUCUCGUCCGUGCGUACAGUGGGUGUUGUUGCAAUGGUGGUGUCGGUGGGACAUUGAAUGACUUUGGCUCCAUCACGAAAUUAGCAGGUUUCUUAAUUUUCUGUUCGUAAACCGCGAACAUGGAGGCUCUUAUCCCCGUGAUAAACAAGCUCCAGGACGUGUUCAACACGGUGGGGGCGGAUAUCAUACAGCUGCCGCAGAUAGCAGUGGUGGGGACUCAGAGCAGUGGCAAGAGCUCAGUGCUGGAGAGCCUGGUGGGCAGGGACCUGCUGCCCCGAGGGACCGGUAUCGUUACCAGGCGACCUCUCAUCCUCCAGCUGGUCCAUGUAGAUCCUGGAGACGCAAGGAAGAAUGAUGAAAUUGACAGAGAAGGGGAAGAGUGGGGCAAGUUUCUCCACACGAAAAAUAAGAUCUACACAGAUUUUGAUGAAAUCAGGCAGGAAAUUGAAAAUGAAACGGAGCGAAUAUCAGGGAAUAAUAAGGGGAUCAGUGAUGAACCCAUUCAUCUGAAGAUAUUUUCUCCCCACGUUGUCAACCUCACACUGGUGGAUCUGCCAGGAAUCACUAAGGUGCCUGUGGGUGAUCAGCCUAAGGACAUCGAGGUUCAGAUAAGAGAUCUAAUCCUGAAGCACAUCUCCAACCCCAACUGCAUCAUCCUGGCGGUCACGGCGGCCAACACAGACAUGGCCACCUCGGAGGCCCUCAAGGUGGCCCGGGAGGUCGACCCCGAUGGCAGGAGGACGCUGGCUGUGGUGACCAAGCUGGACCUGAUGGACGCCGGCACUGAUGCGAUGGAUGUACUAAUGGGCCGAGUCAUUCCUGUCAAACUGGGACUCAUCGGAGUUGUCAACAGGAGCCAGCUGGACAUCAACAACAAAAAGUCUGUGGCUGACGCCAUCCGAGACGAACACGCUUUCCUCCAGAAGAAAUAUCCAUCGCUGGCCAACCGGAACGGAACCAAAUACCUGGCCAGAACCCUCAACAGGUUACUGAUGCAUCACAUCCGAGACUGCCUCCCUGAGCUGAAGACACGGAUCAACGUCCUGGCAGCCCAGUACCAAUCCCUGCUCAGCAGCUACGGCGAGCCAGUCGAAGACCAAAGUGCCACCUUGCUCCAGCUCAUCACCAAGUUUGCCACUGAAUACUGCAACACCAUCGAGGGCACGGCCAAAUACAUCGAGACGGCCGAGCUGUGCGGUGGAGCCAGAAUUUGUUAUAUAUUCCACGAGACUUUUGGCAGAACACUGGAGUCCGUGGAUCCUCUGGGAGGACUCAGCACCAUAGACAUCCUAACAGCCAUAAGGAACGCAACUGGCCCGCGUCCAUCGCUGUUUGUGCCCGAGGUGUCCUUCGAGCUGUUGGUGAAGAAGCAGGUGAAACGCCUGGAGGAGCCCAGUUUGCGCUGCGUGGAGCUGGUCCACGAGGAGAUGCAGAGGAUCAUCCAGCACUGCAGCAACUACAGCACACAGGAGCUGCAGAGAUUCCCGAAACUCCACGAGGCCAUCGUGGAGGUAGUCACCUCCCUCCUGAGGAAGAGGCUGCCCAUCACCAAUGAGAUGGUGCAUAACUUGGUGGCAAUAGAGCUGGCCUACAUCAACACCAAGCAUCCAGACUUUGCAGACGCCUGCGGGGUGUUGAAUAACAAUAUAGAGGAGCAGAGGAGAAACAGGAUGAGAGAGCUGCCGUCCUCGGUGCCCAGGGAUAAGUCUGUUGGCAAAGGCCCGGCUGGCCCAACUGUGGUUUCUGGCGAGCCCCCUGCGUCUGGAGCAGACAUGGACGGUGCCAAGGCCCCGGCAGCAGGGCCCCAGGCCGAGCAGGACGGCACAGGGACCUGGAGGGGGAUGCUGAAGAAAGGAGAGGAAGCCCCCGGCUCUGGACCUGGGAGCCCUCUUAAAGGAGUUGUCAACCUGCUGGAUGUGCCUGUGCCGGUUGCCAGGAAGCUGUCGUCACGUGAGCAGCGAGACUGUGAGGUCAUCGAGCGCCUCAUCAAGUCUUACUUCCUCAUCGUUCGCAAGAAUAUUCAGGACAGUGUGCCGAAGGCAGUGAUGCACUUCUUGGUCAACCAUGUGAAAGACAGCCUCCAGAGCGAGCUUGUUGGCCAGCUGUAUAAAUCUGGCCUCCUCAAUGACCUGCUGACCGAAUCGGAGGACAUGGCCCAGCGGCGCAAGGAGUCCGCCGACAUGCUACAGGCGUUGCAAAAAGCCAGCCAGGUGAUCGCUGAGAUCAGGGAAACACACAUGUGGUGAAAAAAACCUGAUCUGUUAUCUCCCCAUCAUGCCUGACGGACCGACGCUCCAUGCACUCAUCAUGUCUGAACAUGACGUACCAUGAAAAUGCACUGUUCUGAUCCCUGCUCUAAUGUACAGUAGGUAUCACAUUAGCUCACGAGCUACCUGAACGAAAUGUAAGUUAAUUGAAGUUGUUUAUUUAAAAUGCUUGGUGUUGUUGAGUGUAUGAGAAUGCACUGCCUCUGUUAGCUGAGAUUUUUAGAAGCUGUAGUCGCGCCCCCCCCCCCCCGAGGCUCCUGGAGGACUCGAGAGUGCAGCCGAAAGCAAAGUACUUUUCAUUUCUGACAGACAGUGGUUAACCAGAACGGAAAGGGACUUUUGUGUGAGGUGGAAAUGAAAGUUUUGACGCCACUUUGGCAGCUCCACAAAGAAAUCUGCAAAUGUUUUAGCUCGGGGUAAUGAGAAAAUAUUUAAAAAAAAAAAAAAAUCCAUCUCAUCUGCAGCCUUUCCAUUUAAAAGUAGCCGUCAUGUGUCACAAACCAUGGAACCUCAUAAGUCAGAGCAGGGAUUUGGUUCGCUGAAUUAAAAAUGGCAGGAAAUGUUAGCCCUCCGACCUGUGUACAUACUCCAUCACUUUAAUUUUUGCACUGUUGUCACCACACUGUAUUGUAUAGAAAAGUCCAUCAUUCUGACACUGUAUCACCAUCAGAAUCUUUAUUUAUUGUGUUAUUUAACUGUGUGGAAAACGUAAUGAGCACUCCUGCAGCUUGCUGCAGUAGGUCAUUUAAUUCUGUUUACAUAUCGCUGCCUACAUGUGAAAUCUCUGGUGCACUGUGGUUCUGUGUGUAUGGUUCCCAAAAAUAAAUAGAGCUAUUUUAUUGCCA